AUCAUCAUCAUCAUUAGCGUGCUGCAGCUGCGGCUUGAGCCGCGUCCAUUCAAGCCGCUUGAAGCCACAAGAGCCAUGCUUGACCGCGUGCUCGGCCGUUGCUUGUGGUUUAUGCUUGCAGCUCAGCACUUUUGCAUCCAGCUGUUGCGGCGCUUGUAUCUUUGGCUGCCGUGGCUACUGAUGAGCAGCCUCAGUUGCGAGCAGCAACACCAAUAACACAUGAAUCAACACAGCGCGACGCAGCGCCUUUGCCGUGCCACCAGUGGCGCCACCAACACCUGUGUGCUUAGCGGGCGCACGCUUGCAAUUCAGUCGCUUUCAAACUACAGACGUGUGCGCGCACGCUUCCAUCACUCACGCCUUCGAUACCGAUACGUUAAACAACCAACCAAAAGAAGCUGAUAUCUGCUGCUUGCAAGCAACACAGCACUCGGCAGCACCAACAACUCCAACAAGUCUUCGUCUGAGCAACAGCAGCCGCACGGAGCAAACAACGAACGAGCGUGCGAGCCAACAGCCAACAAGCAACGAACCCAUUGUCGGCGCUAGCAACAGCAACAACAAGAAGAGUUAUUAGCAACAGCAGCGACAGCGCAGCGCAACAAGCGUCUUUGACUUAAAAUUGUUACCAAUUGUGAAUGUGAAUUUCAGUUGAGCGUCGAACUUUUACCAGUCCAGUUGACUAUAGCAUACUUCGUCUGCGUCUAUGAGACUAAGGUGGCUAGUGGUUAGUCGCAAGCAGCAGCAGUGCAUAUUCCGUAAAUACCAACGAGUGUACGCGCAGUGCUGGCAGUCAGUGUCUUCGUAACAGUCGAGCGUGAGCGUGCGUACCAAGCGGUUUCGCAGUGAUAUUUACGUCUUUCGUACAAUAACAACAACAGCAACUAUAAAAAUUUACGAUUUGUGCAAGCCAACGACAUUUUCGAAGCAGUAAAUUCGCUGCGUACGCAAACUGAAUAUAAAUUUUCAACAAAAACAAAAAUUUAAAAAGCAAUAAAAAAUAUUUAAAAAAUUUAUUUUUGAAAAAUAAACAAAAUUUGUUGACGACAAAUUUUCAUAAAUUGCCGAAAACAUUUGCGUUGCAACUGAAAAUUGCAUGCAAGCAAGUACCGUUAGCUUACUGUGCGCGUGCUUGCAAUAAAAUUUAACAAAAAACAAAAACAAAAGCAAAUAAUUAUAUUCUUAACAAAAAUAGUUGAAAAAUAAAACGCCAGCCGUCACUCACAACUCAUUCGUUUAAUUGCAACAACAAACUAAAAUUCCAAUUGGAAUUGUUCAGCGCAUUAUUUGCUCCGUUUCCGCUGCUUCCGAUUACCCUCUCAACUCCUAGUUUUGUGUGUUUUUGUAUGUGCUUCUUUCGUGCAACAUGAGAUUGUUAUUGUGCAAUUUGUUGUUUUUGCUAUUGGGCGCAUGCUGCCUGCUGCUCACAGGAAUCGCCGCCCAAGGAUUUAAUCCCAGUCGUGCUGUAAAUGAAGUGCCGAUUCCCUUCCACAACCAAUUCCGCCGGCAGCUCUCUACCCAACAGCAUAUUCUAACGGACGUGCAACACCAUACACAGCAGCGUCAGGCCCAGCAGCAACAACAACAGCAACAGCAGUACUUCCUGCAGCAAGCUCCAAGCGUGGAAGUACCCAUACAAACUCAGCAGCAACGCAACCGACAGGUGGCACCCACUGUGAAUACACGCUUCCCGCCUAGCGGCAACGGACGUGGCAAUUACGUCAGUAAUCAAAACGCUAACAACAACAUCAACAACAAUGAACAAUACCAACAGAACUCAGUUUUCCAACGCUCCACACAGAACCAAUUGUACACGCCACAGCAGCCGAUACGCUUCCAGCAGCCACAGCAACAACAACAGCCCUUGCAGCAACAACAAAAUGUAGAUCAACACACGCAAAAUUUCUUGACUUUGCGUAAUUUUGGCAAUCAACAGGUCGGACCACAGCAGAGCUUGCCACAACGUUCUUACAACAACAAGCCAUUCCAGACACAGGCAACACAACCACAACAACCGCUGCAACAACCACUCUACUCCACGCUACCCAACAGCGUUUAUAAGCAACAACCACAGCAGCCACAGCAAGCAGGACCUUCAAACUUUGGUCCACCACAGACGCAACAGAAGCUGCCGAGCUCACUGCCAAUACCCACCUUCCAGUCGCAGAGUGUGGCGCAGGCGCCGCUGAAAGCCGCAUUCUCCACCACACCACAGUUGAUUUUCCAACAACAACAACAACAGCAGCAGCAACCGCAAUUGUUGCCACUGCCACAACAACAGCAACAGCAGCAACACACGAACUACCAACAACUGCCAUUGCAGCAGCAGCAGAACGGCGCUUUCCAGUUGACGCCCAACUUGGGCCUGCCAGUGCCACAGAUCUUCCCCAACCUGCAGUCGACUGCCUUCCCAUCAGCGGCACCACAGCCUCAGCAACAGCCUCAACAACAGUUUGUCAAUCCACAAUUCGCCACGCUGCCAACACCGCAAGCACAAUCGGCCGAUCAGGAGUACAAGCAGAAGAUCAUACAGAAGCACGAACAGUUCGUGCAGAAGCAAUACGAGAAGUCACAGAACAAGGUGCGUCAGCAACAUGAGGAAUUCCUCGCAAAACAGCAGACACUUAAGCAACAAUUGGCGCCCACAUUGCAGUUACCACUACAACAACAACAGCAGCAGUUGCAGCAACAACAGCAGCAAUACCAGAACUACCAGCCACCACGCAGUCGCCCACUAGCACCAUCCGAACUCCAUCUGUUCUCAUCUGCUUUGCAGAAGUAUCACGAGGAACACCCCACAACGACGACAACAACCACCACAACUACAACCACCACUGAGGCAACCACAGUACCGAGCAAACAGAACAGCAAAAACGUCUAUGCGCAAGUGAAGGCCGAGCUCGGCAAGUACGGCAUGAAAACCACACCAGGCAAGAAACCCGUCAAGACCAUCGGGCGCGAUGAGCUGCUGAAGCAAUUGAAGGCUGCGUUGGCUGAAGCGCCGCAGAAGGAGGAUGAUAACAAAACUUACUCCGAGAUGGAUUUGGUAUUACCAAACGGUCAACGUGUGCAAGUCAUACGCACCACGGAUCCCAAUUUGGUUAAAGGACAACAAGCACUUUCACAAGAUCAAUUGCAAUCCUUGCUGGCCCAACAAGGCAUUUCAGCGUCUGAAGCCGUGAGCGCACCAGCUGGUGGUAAACUGAGUAUAUCAGAUGUAGCGCCCGAAAGUGCAAAGGAUCUCGUGUUGCCAAAUGGCUCUAAAGUGCAAAUCUCACGUUCACCGGAUCCAGAAGCUGCCAUCAAUCCACAAGCUUUGCCCGGUGGUGUUGACCUCUCCAAUUUGGCCUCACUCUAUGGUGGCGAUAUUGAGGGUAUCUCAAGUGGCGCCAACAGCAUCGCUAGCUCGGCUGUCAUACAGUCCGACUCCGAUGAACCACCAACGCUGGAAGAACUGGCCAAACGUGGACUCAUACCCGAUGGCUAUGAAAUUGAAGGUUUGAGUUCGAAUAAACCAGCGCCUGCACCGCAGCCAGCACCCACCUUACCGCCAAAGAAAAAGGCAACAUACGUCUAUCUUGAGGAGCAAGCUGAUGGUAGCUUCAAAAUACAGGGUGUCAAAGCCAAUGGUGAGAAGGAAACAAAACAAACUGGUGCCGAGGUGGAGAGCAUUUUGGAGCGUAUACGCAGCGGUGAAAUUAAGCUGCCACCCUCAGUCUCGCGCCUAACACUACCCAACGAUGAGGUGGUCGAAAUACAGGGUGGUAACAUUAUAAAGACUACCGCUACACCGACCACUACUCCAAGAACAACCACAACAACUAGCACCACUACAACGACCACAACUACCACCGAGUUUCCAUUCGCGCGCACAUCACCGAUACGUCACCAAUACCAUUCCACACGCACAUCGCCGUAUGUCUUCCCCAGCACUACCUACGCGCCACUUGUGCAUCGCACAAGCCCCGCUGAAGUAUCGCUAUCACCGCCUGCACCAGAGUCCACAGCCACAACCUACUAUACAACACCAGCGCCAAUUUAUACCGCCUCUACUGCGCCUGUAGUUUAUGAGACUUCAACACCGUUUGCCGUCACCGAACGUUUGGUCGAUACGGUGCCCGAGUCAGGUCACUACACCGACACGUUGGUGCAAGAAACUGAGAAUAAUGAAAAGGCUGCCGAGGUGACGUCUACGAACCCUAGUGAAGAUCUCAUACAGAUCCUGAAAUCGAAUGGACUCUUCGCCAUGGCUAAAUAUUUACGUCAAUCCGGUUUGGAUAGCAUCUUGAAUGAGACCGGUCCAUACACGAUCUUUGUGCCAACGGAUAAGGCAUUCAAGAACUUGCUGGUACAACUUGGUGGACCCGAACGCGCUGAGGAGAAGUUUAAGGCGAACCCCAGGCUGCUGAGUGGCCUAUUGUUGCAUCACGUGAUACCCGGCGCUUUCGAGAUUGCAACGCUGCAAGAUGAGAUGACAGGCGUUUCUUUGGCGGGCACGCAAUUGCGCGUUAACCAAUACACCAUGCACGAUCAGGAGUGGAACGAUGUGACUAUCACAACAAUAAAUGGCGCAAUGGUCUUACUGAACAAGAAGGAUAUAAAGAUACCGCAAGGUGUUGCUCACGCAGUCGAUCGUGUCAUGUUCCCGUUACCAGUGGGCGAUCUCUUGCAGACAUUACAAUCAGACCGCGAGAAUAGAUUCUCUAACUUCUUGAAAAUUCUGUACACUUCUGGCUUAUCGGAGAAGCUACAAAGCAAAGGCAUCAAAACCUACACCGUUUUUGCGCCAGUGGACAAGAGCUUCCGCGAUAUGGAAUCCGAUGCGUUGGAUAAGCUGUUCAAUGACAAAGAUGCUGCUGAAGAGUUCGCGAUGAAACAUAUUGUACCCGGUUCACUUUUCUCCGCAGGCAUGCGUUUCUAUCAAGUGAAGGAUUCUCUGCAAACCGGCAAAACCGUUAUACUUCAAAAGACAUCCGCUGGCAAAAUCAAGGUGAACGACGCGCAAAUGGUCACCUCGAAUAUACCGGCAACAAAUGGCGUCAUACACGCGUUGGAUGGUGUGCUGGCGUGAGCUUAAAGCUUCAAAAGCUUUACGAAAACACAAACAACAUUAUUAAGUUAGCAUUAAACAAAAAACGAAUAUAUAGGCUUUAAUUUAAGAAAAGAACGCAUGAAAAAUUAUUUUCAAAAGCAACAAACUUCAAGUUGAAAAAUUUGUUUGAGAAUAUUUUUGUUUUACAACAAAAAAAUAUAGAAGUAAAUCUUGCCAGGUGCGCUUUAAAGCUUUCAAAGCUUAUGCGACGAAAGCCUUAAAGUUAGUUAAUAUUACAGUGGUAACUUUCGGUUAUUUAAUACUUAAAUUAUUGUUUUUUUAAUUUU